AUGGAGGCGAAAUUUGAGAUCCAGGUAUGUGUAGGUAAAAAAAAGAAGGGUAAUCGAACGAUGGAGCAUUCUGCUUAUUGUUCUGAGCUUUCGGACUCGUGCAGGAACCCAUCGUCGGAGAUGGUAGCAACAAAAGGGACAAGCGACAAUUAUAGAGUUUUCUGGUCAAUCUUCCCUCGGGGGGUGCUGCAGGUGGCUGUGCAGGGCUCUGUACGCCGGCGCCAGGUCUAUAAAUCGAUUGGAUGAGUUCUGAUCAGAGGCCCAGGUUUCGACCAAUUUACAGCAUUUUUGUUUCCGGCGUGGACGACUAUUUUGGUGCCUACGAAGUUGAGCUCAUGAUCCAUUUCGUAGGUGCGGGCAGCCACUUGUGAUAGUUCGCCUCCUCUUCACACAGUCAGCUUAUGUCCGUGUACAGGCGAUCCGAGCAUGCGCUCAGUGUGGCGUGUGGAGUUACAAGGACAGUUUUGCACGAGAUGCUAUAUACCACUCCAGAGUGCUCCUCGGGCUUUAACCAGUGUUUCGUCGUCAUGGGUACUUUGCGCCCGCUGUACACUUUUCCACACCUAGUUCAACAGCAGUACGCUUUGUUGCUUCUGAAACAUCCUCAAUAUGUGGCUUAUCUCGGUGGCUUGAAAUAUGGCUCUUAGUAUCAGGCAAAUCAGUAUGAUGGGACCGCACGACAUAAUUCCCCAUAAUUGUAGAAAAGAAUACGACUUUCUGCCGCGAUUUUCAAUGCCGGUCGAGUACCGUGAAUGUCUGGCAUAGGUAAUUAGAACUUAUUGCUGUUUCGUAACAACCUGACUAGUAUCCAAGCUGCUAUUCUAGGCUCCAUCUAGCUGCUGCAAUACGAAAGCUCGACCCUCGUGACCAAAGAUGUACACAGUUUACUUCACAGCAAGGCGAACAAGGCAUGGCGACUUGCGAGUGAUUUUUUUAUAGUGAUAGGAGACUUGCGCUGCAUCUACCUCACUCCCUCCUCCUUCCCCAUUUGAACCCAGUGCCAAGACAUAGCCAAGAAGACCGGAGGUGGGAAAGGGCGCAAAUGGCUGGCCCGGCCGACCGUGCCUUUAGGCAUACCACAACAUCGCCUAGUCAACAGUAAACACUUGACCAGGGUUUUAGCCAAUAUUAACAGCACCAUAACGGGUCAAUAAGACGAUGAGGAUUAAUGGGCAGCCAUGUUCACGGCCUGGAUACGCAGUUGGAAAGCAAGCGCAUCUAACCAGGAACCAGCUGCCAUGAAACUGUCGGCGCACACCGGAUUACGAGAGUCAUGGUUUGUUGAGACUUGUGAAACACACACAUAUACACACAGAAGGUAUUGUCCUUCCGACUCCAUCUCGCAUUCAUAUGGGACCAGACGGAUUGCAGAGAAGACGGUUUGGAUGCAAGAUUCACCACUGCGGGCUACGUCGACUUACAAAAUCUCGCCUUCCACCAGUUCAAGAUGUUAUUUUGUUAAAAGGAACUGUUUUGGACCAGGUAGGGUAUAAUGUUCAAUAACUUUCUAUAUCCCUCGAAAUGCUGAUUUACAACUGUUAUUAACGAAUCACGUAUGAGCUUCCAAAUUAUUGAUACAUCAUCUGUGUUUCUUUUAAUCCUAAUACCUUCAACAUAAACAGACGGGUCUUUAAAUAUAGUCCACAGUUUACCUGUCCCUGCCUGUCAAUUUUUAGGUCUGUGUACGCAGUUAGAAGUGUUUUUCCAGGAGAAAAGGAACUUCUUCGCUUUUCACAUAUUUCAGGAAGCUCCUACCGUGAGUCUUUCGCUGUUAAAUUCGUAUUCUGACUGUAGGACGAGACGUAAACUGUCCUGUCAUCGCACAGCCCAAAAUAAAACAAUGAAUAAAUGACUGCAGAUGGCAAAUUCACAUUCCAGCCCUGUCGAAUCGUCAUCCUCGCCUCGCGUGCAAAUUCAGUUGGAGGCAACUAGAAUGGAACGCAGAGCUUUUUUAAGAAACGGACUGUUGUCUAUUGUGAAGUCUAAUUCGCUAGGGAAGCCACAUUUCAAACGUCAAGGGAAAAGUUAUAUGGACGCAAAUAGCAGAUGAUGUGGAAAGCUCGCAAACAGAGAUCUAGGAAGUAAAAGCGCUUUAAGUGGGUGAUCCAGCUUAUGGAGCGCUAAUGUAAAUUCUGAGGUCAGAAAAUGCCAUUUGUUUGCAGUUAUAAAUAUCGAUUAACUUGCAGCUAUACGGCAGACAUGCAGUCACGAAAGGAUAUCAGCUUUUAAAUAGGGGUCAUUCCAGACACUGGGAAAAAAUCCACUCGUUAAAAUUGACUACCUAGUUUAUACGCACUGUUUCCAGUGAUUUGAUUUACAUGCAUUCCAAACGCAAUUUACUGAAAUCGUGCACAGAUAUAUCAUUUCAUAAAUGAGCCCUUUGACAAUUUACGUUUUUGCAACAGAAAAUUCGAAGAAAUGGCAUUUUUAAGUUUUUAGUUGAUUAUCUUCUAAGCUCAUAAGGGCUUAAUGUAUGUAAAUCUCGGUUUGGACUCUCUAGGGAGUAUUACUUAGGGAACAGAUACGACGAUAUUUAAGGAGAAAGGUUCGCAAUCUUAACAACAUCAUGACCUGACUGCCACUCAUUGUGCUGUUUAAAUGUCAAGAAGACUUCAAUUUACUGCAACAUGCUCAUAUUUUAGACUUAUAAACAAAGAACGUCAGGGGAAAAUGAAUUUGCGUACAGCCAAAAAUUCAUGCCUUUGAAGUUUGGCAUCUCGAUGUCGCUACUAUACGUCUUUCGAUAAGGCUUCAUGAUAACCAUUGCAAUACUUUCUAAGCACACUUAUUUAACCAAGAUCAUUUCUCGGAAUUUUAGUCGACGUUCCAUUUAAUGCCAUCAACUGUUGUUAUUCAGUAGCGUAUCACCUAGCAAAUCAGGUGCAAAAUCAGUUUUCAUGAUUUUGAAAAUAACCAUUGUACUUUCAGUCUGACUUUUCCUGCUAGGGAAGAAUGGUUAUGACCUUUUGAAAAUUGAAGUAUGCGCCUGUGCAGAAGUGUUUACUGGUCACAGAACAAUUUCGAACCUUAGGCGCCACAACAGUAGUUAGGGGGAAAAUGUGCACUUUUAUUGCAAGUUCCAUCCCGGCGCUCGGCCGGAGAGUGUGUUUUCGCGCAGAUGACAGUUUGCCCUUUUUUCGUGUCAAUAGGUAGUGGUCUUCUAUCUAAGUAUGACUGCAUGUUGCACGCAUGCCUUCUUGAGUGUCAAGUGUUUUUUUUAAACAAACCUCUCAAGUCGGAGUCGGAAACAUAUAGCAAUUCCUUGCCCCGCUUAAGCAAUAGCCUUCUGCGUCAUUAAACUCUGCUGAAGGCGUUUACCCUGUUUUUGCUGUGCAUGUACGUCUCGGCCACCGUCGGUUUACGCAUAGCAGUAAGUUUCCUUUCCUAUGAAUGGAUAUCCACUCUUUCUUAAGAUGUUCCCUUUCCUUUUUUUCUCAAGUCAGCGACUUCGAACAAGUCACUAAGCGAGGGCUCCAACGCAGCUCCAUGCUUGCAGCCCGCAUUUUGCUACCAAGUGAUGUCAGGUACGUUGGAAUCUACAGACAUUCCGUAUGCAACUCUAUAUUACUGUUUUGUAAGCAAUCAGCUUUUUUGCUACCCCAUUAAGAUCUCACCAGUAGAUCUUACGAGCAAAAAGUGUUAACAGUGUCAGAUUUAAGUCAUCGGAAGGGGACUUUGGCAUGAAUAUAUAAAGAUGUAGCCAACGUACUGCAAAAACCUGAAAAUAAUAGAGCUUCAUUUUUGGAGAUAUCUGCGUAACUGGCUGAACUUUAUUCCCUAAUGAGGCGUGCAACUAAGAACGGCAGGUACAUAAUAUAUAGUAAGUGGGCUAACUCAUGAAUUCUCAACAGGAAUUCCGAAAUGGGCUUCCGCUUGGAAAAGAUUAAUUAAGUAAAUUUGUAAAUCCACUCGUCGUGCAGCAGCAUUUUAUAAUAAUUCAUUUACCCCAGGAUGCCUGCUUUCGAAAAAACGUCUUUUUGGCUGCAUUCAAAAACUAUACUCCGUAAGAAAUGGCUACGUCAUAAGUAUGUAUUUCUCUCAUGGAUUUUCGAUUCCCUUAGCAAUUUAAUUAUAUUUCCUGGAAAACAUACAUACAACUAUCCAUACUUUUACUCAUUUGGUAGAAAAUUACGCCUUCUUUUGAUUUUGCACUCGAAGGAGGGUAUAUUUUGGUUUUGUAAAACUUUUCCAAUUCCAGAAUAUUUUUAACCCAACCUGCCGUUACACUUGCAUUCAGGGUUCCCAAACUACAAGCCACAUAAUUUUCGCGUACGGAAAACCAUAUAUUACUUUACGGUACUAAAGGGGGACCGUAGAGGGUUCAUAAAAUUAGGCAGUGAAGUUGAACCACACCGGUAACUUUACAAGCCACACUGGUAAAUGCAGAGACGUGACGUUUUAUAAAUGACCGUUUUACGGUGUUAAACAAUCUCACAAUUAGAAACUUUUAAACCCGAAUUAGACCCUUUUUUGAAUGCAAAAUUAAAGAAGACGUAUUAUCCUACCAAAUGGGCAAAAGAAUGGAUGUUUUUAUGCAUGUUUUCCCUGAAAUAUAAUUGAAUUGUUAAGGGCACUGAAAAUCCGUAAAAAACACAUGCUACCUAAGUUGCCAUUUUUUAUGGAGUAUAGUUCUUAUAUGCAGCCAAAAAUAAAUUUUAUCGAAAGCCGGCGUCCUGGGGUAACUGAAUUAUUAUAGAAUUAUACUGCAUGAUAAUGGGUUUUACAACCCUAUUUAAUUAAUCUUUUCGGAACGGAAACACCUUGUGAAAUGUCUGUUGGCAUUUCAUGAUUUAGCCCACCAACUGCAUGUUGAACUUGUUUGUGCAUUAAUUGUGUUCAGGUACGCGCUCAUUUCAGAGGUAAUACACACCAUCAGUGUCCAGAAAACAACCAAUAACGGCCUGGUCUGACAAGCGCACUUGUGAAAAGGAUAGGACGAAUAAUCUGGUUUAAUCGACGAAUAAUGUCCCACACACACUUUUCGGAUAAUAUUCUCCCUACAAUGCGUGCUUGCAGACGACGGCGUCACCCAUUAAGAGAACAGUCGAUAGGCCGAUAUGUGAUUUGAUUUGGCCAUAGGCUCAGACAGCAGCGACUAAAAUGAUUGGUUGAUUAUGACAAUAAAUAGUUCCGCCUUCGGGCAAGCAGUGAUGAUGCAGUUAAACAGGAACGCUCAUAUCAUUUUCUAGGGAAAUAAUUGAGUAGAAAAAUGGACCAGAAUUAAAUGACACGAAUAAACAGAUAAACAGAACAGUUUACAAAUUUCCCUUCGACCCGCUGGUCUUUUUGCUCCUUUCAGUUCGAAGGGUUGCACUGAUCGAGAGCCAAAUGAGGAACGGUUCCGCGGCGGCCAUCUUUUAUCCUCAAAACGCAUCACUUCUGCCAGUGGCUCUUUCCUUUGUUCUACAACAGGGAACAAGUAAGUCAUAAUCACGUGUCUUGAAUUUAUUGGAUGCAUAAGCCAGCCGGGCGUUGACUCAAGGUGGUGUACAAUGAAAAAAGCACCUUCUGUCCAAACAAUAAUCUGUCAUUCAUGGGAGAGUUGGGAUAUCUUAGAACAGUUCCAACAACAGGAAGCGACUUCAGCGUGGAUCCCAGCAUGGUAAACGAGAUCUAAUAUUCUCAAUAGAACUGUGUUUCAAUGGCCUUCUCUUAUGUUCUACAGAAGGGAACAAGUAGGUCAGAAUACCUCCUUGAGACUGUAUCACCUGCAUGCAAUCUAUAGAAGUUUGACCACGGAAGUGAAAAAAGCAACUGACAACUCCUGACUGUUUAUCACGGAGUCCAGAAGACUUAAUCAGUCUUCGUGGGGAAAGUAGUUCCGCUAAGAUGUAGCAGACGCUCCAGUUCCUCCAUUCGCCGGCUCCGUUUUGUGAGGGCAGCCGGGAGUCACUGCAGCUGGACAGGAGGGGCCCCAGUUCUAGCCGGCGGGAAUGGUCGUGUGUCAACGGCCUGUCAACGAUUGUCACGACCAUCGACCGACAAAACGGAGUCGGAGAAAAGGGGAUAGCUGGAGCGUCUGCUACAAAGAACACAUCUAACAACAGGCAGUGACUUUUCUAUUCUUUUGAUCAUUGCAAAGAAGAUGUGCGCUGUACAUGCCACACUCUUUAUUUUUACAGCCAACAUGGUAAACUGACUAGAAACAGUGGAGACGAUCCGAGAGCAAGCAGCCGAAGUCAAGCGACACGUGUAGGCUAACGGAACACAAUCCAGGCGUCAAAGGAGAGAUUAAUUGGACUUCAUAUUGUGACGCAAGAAUCGUUAGACCAUGGAUCUCUUGAUCUUCCGGCAGCUAAAUAAAUGCGAUUUCCAGAAAUUCCUAGGGUAAAUGCCUCAUUAAAUCGGACAGACGGGAGUGUCAGUUAUUCGUGACGUCUGAGCAAGAAGAUGACUGGUUGGAGAAUCAGGCUUACAUAUCCAUUUCACAAUCACACAUUUAUUUGAUAUACCCUACAUUCUCCAAAAAAACCUCACGAUCUUGACUUCUUCAUAUGUGAAAAAGCUUGUCAUCUGUUUGGUACGGGCUAUCAGUCGUAGAUAUGGUUGCACCCUCCUCACAGUCUGUUGGUGCUCGUGCAUCCGUGUCUUCCCCUGACAGUCACUUUUUCGACAAUCGGUUGCACUGACCGACCUCCCUUUUAUGUCCUUCGAUGACAGCACCUGCCAUCAGAGUUAUGCUACAGACCUACUCCAAGCCGCAUGUCACAUCAAAUCCCGGCUCCGUUAUCACUUUUUUACGCUUUCUUGUGUAUGAUGCAGGUAAAUGAAGAACAAGUAUAAAAGUGUUCGUUGAACGGGCUUGCGGUCUUCGUCCGUCUAUUAUGUCUGCGCGUAAACACUAAUUUACCGAAUGCGAAGUCAACCACCUAGCCUUGGUUUGACCCUCUUCGCUAUGCGUCUGUUUAUGCGGCUAAGGCGAAUAGCACGCAACAUACUCUUAAAGCAGAUAGUUCUUGAUAAUUUCGCGGUUCCGUUUACACUCUGGAAUUCUAUUCAAACCCGGCAGUGUCCGCAAAUCGUGCUAUUUUGGGGGUCAAGAUGCUCUUUAACCAAUCUUACUAUAUGUGGGAGCAUUGGAAAAGUGUCGUUGACGAAAAGACCUCUGGCAAUGUACCCCGAUGAGUAGGUGACGCUGAAGACCUUAGAAACUGGGCAUAGAUACGCAAGCUAGGGAAAUAAAGUUUUGAUCGCCAAUAUUUAUGAGAGCAUUUUACUAAGCGAAGUAGACAUAUCAAUCUCAUGAAACAUUCCUGGCGUUUUCAAUCGGUCCAGCACGUUGAUUGGGCCUAUUGCGUUUAAGCGGUGAUUAAGAACCUUUGCCGAAAGAAGUUAUUGUAUUUACAACUGCGAUCUGGUUAGACUUGUACUACUUCCAGGUCUGACAAUGUCCAAUGAUAAAAGUCUACCCCACCUGCAAAUCUAAAGAAAUUUCUGAACACUGGGCUUGUCAAACCUGUACUGAACUUUGGAAAAACUUGUGGCUUGGAGCAUCAGGGAAAUCACUUCUCAACGACAGCGAUUCAUACUUCUUUUUAUUCUUGCGGUACAUUUGUCACCAUAGGAUGUUUCCAAUGGCAUAAAUGCCUUUUUAUUCACAAAUAAGAAUGGGUUUGAGAAAACACCAUUUCGUAUUUUGACGGUUUGAUUAUUAGCGGCAUCAGCUACAGCAAGGACUUUUUAUACAAGCAAAAAUUUAUGCAGUGGUUAUAUAUAGAAUUUUUGUUUUUAAUCGCCGAUCGCCCAAAAGGAGAUCAAGCGAGAUUCUGAGUUUCACCUCUGACUCGAUUUUGCCUGUAAGCAUUAAAUACAAAAGCAGAAAUUAUACGGCUGCUUUUUUCACCAAACCUUGCAAACUACACUCUAACUCUGAGUGUCCAUCAAAGCAAGUUUCAUAUUAAAACCAUUGCGCUCUAAUUCCCUUCGGAACUUCAAAGAAUUGCAGUUUUUGAAAGUAUUACCAGGAUGGUUAGACUGCGGCAGGUUUUCAAAUGUCUCGACCUGUCUCAUGAGAGAUUUGGUCAGUUCUAAAUUGCUUGCUUAAUUUCACUUACAAAUGUCUUUCUGCAUAAAAUUAGCAGCAAAAACUUGGCUCAGGAUUCGCAAGAUAUGUUAACAUUGUAAUAAACAGACUGACCAUGAUGCAAAUUGAAAUUCAAAAUGGCUGUUGCGGUUAUUUUUAAGAUUUUUAGAUGAUGGUUUUAUUAUCAAUGAUUUCUGCCCAUUACUGAAGGUCCCUUCCAGUUCCGAAGAUAUUUUUUGUUGUCAUAAUUUUUAUACCGUUGUUGUACUUUUAGAAAUUUAAGUGUCAUCGAUAACUCUUAUAAACGAAAAUUUCCCAUCCUUGCAAUAAGUAAUCAGCACGAAGUACUUGAUGACGAAUAUUAUUAAACCAAGUGUCUGGGCACAGUUAGACUUCUGAAUUUAGCUUAAAUUCCUAAUGUUGGCCUCAACCCACUUAAAACGCCCAAGGAAUACCUUCAAUUCACUCUCGCAUAGAAAAGGCGCUUUAAGAACUCUUGAUUAUCGACCGUCGCCUACCUCAUACCCCCGGCACGCUGCCCACCCGGCCUAUUUUGUUCAGGUUCGAUUCAGGUGCAUUGUCCAUCUAAGCAGCACACACUUUUCAACUGUCUUCGACGAUUGCAGUAACAAAACGUUCGGCCUGCUCGCAUCCCGUUCGCCAAAAGUUUACCUUGAGAGCAGGUAGAGUUUAAUGAGCUGUUAUCACAAAAAUAUACAUGGAAAGAUGGACAUAUUAAUUGAUUACCACUUAAUUAUGGUCGUGACCACAACAAGCAUUCAGUUCAUAGGCUGGAAUGAUGCAUCUGUACGCUGAUAUGACCAAUCCUAAAAGCAGCACAGCACGUUAACCGCAGUCGGUCUUAAUCGAAAUCUGAAUGCAAACAACCAUGCGUGGCAAUCGAGAACGUCACUUUCGUGUUAGACUCAGACACACUGGCCUCAAACAGUAACUGGAUUUACAAGUGAAAUCGGUCUACAGUAGGUGGGCUAACUCAUCGAAGUGUCAGGUGAAAUUCCGAAAUGAGUUUACGUUUCAAAAGUAGUACUUAAUUUAGGCUGAGAAACUAAUAAUCAUACAGCAUAAUUCUAUAAUAAUCUAGUUACCAUAGUGUGCCGGCUUCGCGAAUGAGCUUAUUUUCGGCUGCGUGCAGGAACUAUACUCUGAAAAAAAAUGAUUAAAUACGUAGCAUGCAAUUUUCUCGUUGAUUUUUCAUGCCUUUAAAAGUUUAAUUAUAUUUCAUGAAAAACGCAUAAAAAUAUUCAUUCUUUUAUUUUGCCGGUAGAAUAUUAGGUCCUCGUUCAGUAUUAUGCUAGAAGGAGGAGUAUAAUUCAGUUUCAAAAGUUUCUAAUUGCAAGAUUCUGUAAUACCGUGAAUUGGCAGUUCAUAAAACGUAAUGUAUCUGCACUUACCAAUGUGGCUUGUAAAGUUAACAAUAUUACUCAAAUCCACUGCUAAAUUUUAAGAACCCCAUAUAACCUCCUCUUGGUUCCGUAGAGAAGUGCGUGGUUUUCCGUACGCGGCUUAUGGUUCGGUAAUCUAGAAUGCAAGAGGAUGUGAUUUCCCACCAAAUGAGUAGGAGAAUCAAUAUUUUUAUGCCGCUUCCUCUGAAAUAUUAUUGAAUUCUUAAGGGCAUCGAAAAUCAUUGAGAAAAGUGCAUGCUUCUUACUUAGUCAUUUUUUACAGAGCAUAGUUACUGCAUGCCCGAAGGCCGGCAGUAGCUGGAUUAUUAUAGAAUUCUGCUGCAUGGUAAUUAGUUCUAUAACCCUUCUUAAUUAAUCUUACUGAAACGAAAACCCAUUUUGAAAUUUCAGCUGCCAUUUCAUGAGUUAGCACACCUACAGUAAACUCUUGCUAGCUCAGGGGGCGAACCUUGAUACCUGGAUAAUAGUUUACGGAAUGCUCUAAUCUCAGGGGAUUUUUAAAUAACUAACUUGCGAUGACUGUGCUAGAAUUUGAGAAAGUCUGGGACUCAAGCGACAGGACGGAAACUGCUCAUACUUCAGAUUUAUUUUCGUCUUAAUAGUUUGCUUACCUCGACAGGUUUUUUUCUUAUAGACUGCGAGUGCAAUUGAUCAGGUAAGUUUAUCAGGAAGGUCACCUCUAAUUGAUGAUUAUAAAACGGGGGCUUCAUCCAGUAACUGGACUUGAAAUGGAGUUCAGCAGGGGUUCGUGCUAGUUACAGAGGCUGACUGUGACUGCUAAUGCCUUGGUGAAAGCAUUGACCAAACAAUAAAAGCAUCGUGAUUGCGCUAGAUUUUAAAAAAAGCAGUCUCCCAGAGAAAAGCAGAGAAAUCACUUUCGAUGACGUCUUUGCAGCCUUAUAUUCGUUCCUGUGGAGCGCGCUAUUCAGCAGGUUUUUUCAGGGUCUUAUUUAUAACAGGUUCAAGGGCCUGCGUAGAAAGAAUCAUCAUUAGAUAUUUUCAGAGUUUGGUGAUUUGCUCCUUUAGCACAUUUUUGUACACUUAAAACCUCGAACUAUAUGUUAAAACCUGGGUUUUAAGUCACAAACCUUUAAAUGAGAAUAUGGUGGAAUUUUGGACCUCUCACCUAAAAUCAAUUUUUCCACAUAAGGAAUACGCACGUGUAGAGUUUUGUCGCCCUGUUUGUUGUGACAGACGGCAUCUGGCUUCAUGCGCUACACACGCAUUGAAAUAUGGGUGUUUUGAAUCAAUAUAUCUUAGAAGUGAUUUACUUGAUAUUUGUGCAGUGUCGGGUCUCCUUACUAUUUGCUCUGCCUCUGUCCAGUUUUAUCUCUCGACGUUGGUAUCUUCAUUCGAAUUUCAAACCUAUUUUGCAUAUUCUCAUGUGAGGUAGUCAUGUGGAUAUAAAAAUACGCCUCAAAUUUCAAGAGGCAUUUGAGCGUAAUAAGUACAUACCAAGCGCAGAUAUCCUUGAAAAAUGAAAUUCCUCGUCAGGAGUUCACUGCAUCUUAUAUAUAAGUAGCUGCAACUCCAACUACUAAUGAAUUUUACCACAAGCUCCUUUUGACUUAAAAUAAAUCCCAAAAGUCCAUUUUUUUCAGGAAUUGUAGGGUCACCAGCGUUUUCUGAUUAUAAAAACUAAGAACAGUAAAUGACCAAUCUCAUACAAUGUUGUCCCAAAUUCUGAAAUGCCUUUUCAAACAGGAUCUAUUACUUAAGUGGGUUGUAAUAUUAAUUAGCAUGCGGCAAAAUGCAAUAAUAUUUCUGACUAGCCAGAAUGUCUACUACUGAAUGCACUUCUUUCCGACCUCCUGUAGAAAUCUCACUUGGUUAAGCAUUACUACUUAAUUAGCGUGCAUUUCUCACAUUGGUAUUCGAUGGCCUUACAAAUUCAAAUAUAUUUUAUAGAAAACAUGCCCAAAAAUAUGCUUUAGGUUACUCGUUUGGCAAAAAAUCACGUUAUCUUUACGUCUUAUAGUCGAAGAAGGAUAUACUUAGGUCUUAAAAGGUUUUUAAUUGUGCGAUUUUUAAGAUCGUUUUAUGUUCAUUCAAGUAGCAUUUCACUUGCCAGUUUACCAAUCCUCCUCAUUAACUUGAAAAUUAGUUUACAUACAUUGCAAAAUUUAUAAACUCUAUUUGAUAUCUUCGUAAAGCUCAAGAGAAAUAUAUGGUUCUUCUUACACGGAAAGCAUGCAUUUUGUAUCCUAAAAUCGGUAAACGCUGCUGCCACGGCGAUUGGGAAACAUUUUGAAAAACUAAAUAUACCUUUUCUUUGAGUACAAAAUAUAAGAGCGGCACGUGCAAUCGUCGCUUGAAAAUUGGGGAUAUUUUAUUAAGUUAUUCACAAGAAAUACAAUGAGCCGCCUAGCGAGUAGCGAAUUAUAUAUCGUACUAGGGUUAAAAAAUUUCCCCUAAGUCUUAAAUUCACUUGCCAGAAAGCAUGCCACAAAUACUUUUGGAAAAAUCAGACACACUGAGACACAUGACACAUAAGAAUACUGAACACUUUUCCGUCAUCUUAAAUGUGUAUACAUGCAUAUAUAUAAGAAUUCUUAAAGGGGGCAGUCCAAUAAAUACGGUUUUUUGCAGUAGAGCUCAAGAACCAUCGUCAAAUAGAGCUUUUUUUAUUAUGAGAGUACAAUAUCCUUAAAACUACAAAAAACAACAUUUUCGUUUCUUUGACCGUGUAUUCUUCUAUUUGCAAGCAACCUGAACCUACCUGUUCUGCAAACUACCACAUGAAAUGAACUGUUAUAUUUGAAUUACGUUAGAUUAGAUAACGUAAAUUACUAAAGCAAUGACGUCCUCUCGAAUGAGAGGAGAAAGCCUUUUUUGGCAAUGAACGAUUUGACUACAAACUGGGCAUUAGUCAGUGGAACAUCAUUAUAUGCUACACCACAUGAACCUGUUAAUAUACAUUUUCGUUGGUGUUCCGUGAAUUUCUGCAUAUAAGUUGUACAUCAUAUUUUGCUCUUCUGUUUUCUUAAACAUAUUCAUGGUGAAUUGAAUGGAGGUAGCUUAUUAUUCCUCCUACUCAACGUCCGACGGCCUCCCGAAGACCUGAUGACUACUCGUGAAAUAUGUCUAACUUGCUGACUUCACCAGAGGAAUUAUUUUAUGUUAAAACUUUUCUAUCUCUGGCUGUGACAAAUGAUCAGCAUAAUGCGCGUUUCUUUGAUGCCGUCAGACUGCAUUCGAAAAAAGUUUCAUUUAUUUUGAAUUCUAGGCCCUCAGCUUCCUCCAGAUGUUCGUUUACUGAAGGAAUUUGUGAUUCCAUCAAAUAUCGUUCAGUCCCAUCUGCUUCUUUUCAGCAACGACAUCGGCGUAAGUGAAGCAGUGUUUCCACUUUUCCCUGUGUAGCAGUAGACAGGUUUCUGUUUCAUUACAUAAAAUAUCGAUUUAGUUGCCUUAAAAUUACCCUCAACGUUACCUUUGUUGGAUUGUAAAGUAGCAAAUUGUUAGCUGAAGUGUUUUUCGGUGAUAAGAUAAGCGUGAAACAUCACGUUUUUCAGUAAAUCCAGAAGUAUAUACGGGUAAAAAGUCUAAAUGAUAGAUAUUUGCCAUAAAAUUGUGUCCCCUUAUUGUGUCAACUGAUUAUCGUCGUUGUGUUUUAAUUGGAUAAAAUAAACUUAUCAAUUAGAGCGCGACCUACAGGGAGAAGACAUGAUAGGUAAAUAAAACACUUACGCACCGGAGACAAUUUUGUCUAGACAUGACUUCAAAUCAAUAAGGCUCUCUCUAGUUUGUGCCAUUAUGUAUCUCUGUUUAUGUUUUAGCAUGUUGGAACAGUUGGUGAAAUUGUGGGCCCUGAUGAACGAUGGGAUCUGGCAAAACUAAAACUGGUAACUUUUUCGAGUAAGUCGUCGCCUACAGACCUAAGGCGCCUAUCUAAUAUCAGGAUAAUAGCCAACCUUCAAAAACAGAAUCAGCGACGGUCAAGGAUAUGCUGGUUUAUGAAUAUGGUCGCAAGACGAUGUCUGGUGUCCGUCAGAGGCACGUAAACGUCGUUUAAACUUUUCGCCAACCAAUGCUUGUGGGGAAUUUAAAAAUUCAUGGAGGGGUCAAAGAACGCGACGGUGGAAGGCAGCUGUAAUCGAAUCUAGGCAGGUGAUUUGGCGUUAACUUGCAGCAACUGUUUGUACUGGCGGCGGAUUCAGAGGAGAUCCUUGAAAUUUGGAGCUGGAACCGGUGACGUAGGUUUUGGAAGAGGUAAACAGAAAUGAGGAUCUACUUCUAGAAGAUGUCAACUAAUAAUUCUGACGCAGAGAAUCGCCGCUGCGUUAUUGCCCCGACCCGUUGAAUGUCAAGUUCACUUGUUUUGACAAAUUUACCGAAAGAAGCCUGGACAUUUAGGAUGUUCAGAGAUUUUUUGUAGUGACCUUUUUUAAAAAACUCUCCUUUUCAUUUCGCAAACAUGUUUACCUCAAUUUUUCUGGAAGAGCACUUAAUGUUCUCUCGAACUUCGAUGUGCUACUGCUUCGACAUAGAGUAGUUUCCGUCUACGAAAUAGGAAAGAAGGUUUUUGCGCGACAUCAAUUAUUGUACCUAGUUACGAGGUCCAACCCCGAUAGGUAAACACAAAGGUAAAAUUCUGUCAAACGGAUACUUUAGUUAUUUAAAUCGAAUAGUGCCUUGGGUCCCACCCCCUGCCUUUUCACAGAACAAACGUAAACCGGACUCUCAUACUUUCCGUCGAGGCUUGCGUGAUUUCAAUUAUGAAUAAAGAACCACCAAGACUAGCUAAAGAGAACUCACAUAGUCAAAUAAACAGUCUGCUCUUUAACAGUGCUUUGCUGGAAUCAGCCAAAAUAGCUUCACUGUCUUGAGAAACAGGGCCCCCCUCUUGCUCGCCUUAACUCUCUUGGCGUCCUUUUUGUCUGUCUCGUAGAUCAACCACAAGACUCGCAAGUGGUCUACAUCUCCGGUCGUAUGGAAACGCAAAGCUUCUGGGUGAGGCUGAAGUUUCCCUCCAGACCUGAUUUCACCAUGAUGUUUAGCCCUACGCCAAAGAUGAUGUACCCGCCCAGUCCUCCCGUCUGGAUUAAUUGGGGAAAUCUGACUAUCACGGAGACCUUGGCUGCAGCUUCGGGAGCAGGAGGACCCACUACGUCCUGUGCCCUGCUCGGCAUACUGAUAGUAACCACGUUCCUCUUCUGCAAAACUGGGUGA